UCGGGCCCGGAUGUUCGCAAGGACGAGACGCCGGAAACGCUGCCACGUUGGAAGGGAAAAUAUUGACGGCCGUCAACAAGUUCCUUACGACAUCCCCUUUGGUUAACAAAGUCAAGUUACUGAUGACGAGACAGAGCAGCGCGACAGUAGGGAACAACGAAGAGCAAGGGGGGACGAGCAGCUAUUCGCCAAGGACGUCGACGACAUCGAUGAUAACGAUGACGAUGACAACGACACCGACAACGCCGAUGUCAACGACCGCGGUAACGUCGAUGGCGUUGCCAUUCGUGUCCACGGAAUCGGAUGCAUCGAUAUCGUCCACGACGUGUUCGCAGCUGCAUCACCAACGCCGACGGCAAACGCAAGAUGGUGGCCAGUCCCGAGCCGCGACCGCCGCCUCGUCAUCCGCGGGGACCAGCAAACUCUCGACGAACGUCCUUUUUUCCCUGCCCGCAUCGCCGAAAAGAUCCGUUGCUGUCGCGUCCAGUAAGGCACCCAAUAUAACCAAGUCUCAGAUGAAAGAAUUCAGGGAGGCUUUCAGACUGUUCGACAAAGACGGCGACGGGAGUAUCACGAAGGAGGAGCUGGGCAGAGUGAUGCGAUCUUUGGGACAGUUCGCGAGAGCCGAGGAGUUGCGAACCAUGUUGCAAGAGAUCGACAUCGACGGAGAUGGAAACGUGAGCUUCGAAGAGUUCGUAGAAAUCGUGAGUAACAUCGGCGCGAACGAAACCGCCCCUACUGAUCAGGAUCAGGAAGAGCAGGAGUUGAGGGACGCGUUUCGGGUGUUCGACAAACAUAAUCGCGGCUACAUCACCGCGUCCGAUCUUAGAGCUGUGCUACAAUGUCUCGGAGAGGACUUGUCCGAGGAGGAAAUCGAGGAUAUGAUCAAGGAAGUGGACGUGGACGGGGACGGACGAAUCGAUUUCUACGAAUUUGUCCACGCGCUCGGCGAGCCAGGAAUCGACGACGACGAAGAGGACGAGGACGAGGAGGUGCUGUCCCCGGGUUACUAGAAUUUUACCUAUUCUCGUCUCUGUGUUAGAUAGAACGAAUUAACGAUGAGCCAUCAGCGACGAGCGACCGCGAUUUCUGCGCCGUUUUUCCUCUGGUAUUCACUGUUGCGAAUACAAUGCGCGGAGAAAAAUUUUAUCCGACGUACAGCCCGACAAAAUAACAAGGAGAAACAACACCGAGAAGGUUUCGAAUUCGCGCCGACGCGCAAGAUGAUUACGUUUCGCACCGUUAGAGUGUGCCACUCUCUAACGUCGGAACGAAAUCACGAUGCAAUUUCGAAUCCAACGUUUCGAUCUAGCCGCGACGCUCGCGAUCUUUGGUAAAUGUCAGAGGAACGUUUCGACAAGCCCUAAUCGCACCUAUCGUAAGAUUCGUAGAUACGACGUCUUGUGGAAUUUUAUGUUAUCCGAUCGUAUUUUAAACUGAUAUAGUCAAUCGAUACUCGUCUCUUGUUAGAAGCACGUCUACUUCAACCAGUUAUUUUA